AUGUCGAUAAACUAUUUUACACAUGCAUUUGGUAUCAUACAUCUUAUACGUUUUAUAUGUUUAAUAAUUUUAUUAAUAUUUGCUGAAUUCAAAAUUUCUUCUUGUAGUUCAUCAUUAAAUGAAUUUCUUGGUUUUAAUCAUCAAUCAAUAUUAUUUUAUUAUAUUUUAAUAUGGAUAUCAUUGACAUUUGAAAUUUAUUUUCUUAUAAAUCGUUUAUUUGGUUCAAUAAAUCUUCAAGCAAAACAAACUACUUUUAUUUUAUAUAUAUGUUUAUCAUGUUCUUAUCUUCUUGCUUCAUGUUUUACAUUAUAUGCAAUUAUUAAUUAUACACAUGGUCAUGUUAUAACACAACAUGAUUUUAGUGAUCCAUCAUUAAAAAUUAUUUUUAUUACAUAUGAUUGUAAUUUAUUACGUUUAAUUGGUAUUAUAUUUGGUUUUUUAAUUAGUACACUUUAUUUCAUUGCUGUUAUACUAAUUUAUCAUUUAAAAGAUUGA